AUGAAGUUGUCCAUCAAGGACUUAGAACCCUGCAAGCAAACAAUUUAUGGUUUCUCUAGUGAGGGACUCGCUCCAAUAGGGUUAAUCAGACUUCCGGUAAUAGCAGAUUACUUGCAGGAGCGUGCUAAAGGCAACAUAUUGUACGGUUUCAGGGGAGGUCCAGCUGGAAUCAUGAAGGUGGAGGGUGGUUUUGAUAUGAUAUGUAGUGGAAGAGAUAAGAUUGAAACUCCAGAGCAGUUUCAACAAGCUGCAGAUACUGCCGUGAAGCUUGAUUUGGAUGGACUUCUUGUUAUUGGUGGGGAUGACUCGAACACAAAUGCCUGCCUCCUUGCUGAGAAUUUCAGGGGAAAGAAUUUGAAAACUCAGGUGAUUGGGUGUCCAAAAACCAUUGAUGGUGACUUGAAAUGCAAAGAAGUCCCAAUAAGUUUUGGGUUUGAUACUGCUUGCAAGGUUUAUGUAGAAAUGAUUGGAAAUGUCAUGAUAGAUGCCAGAUCAACUGGAAAAUAUUAUCACUUUGUGCGGCUUAUGGGGCGUGCAGCUUCACACAUAACACUUGAAUGUGCUUUGCAAACUCAUCCAAACAUUACAAUUAUUGGAGAAGAGGUUGCUGAAAAAAAGUUGACACUGAAAAAUGUUACAAAUUACAUUGUUGAUAUAAUCUCCAAACGUGCCGAACUUGGUUAUAACUAUGGUGUCAUACUUAUUCCUGAAGGUCUAAUUGAUUUCAUUCCAGAGGUGCAACAACUUAUCGCCGAACUGAAUGAAAUUCUGGCCCAUGAGGCUGUCGAUGAAGAUGGGCAAUGGAAAAAGAAACUUGCUGAUCAAUCAUUACAGCUUUUUGAAUUUUUACCUUCAGCAAUCCAAGAGCAGUUGAUGCUUGAAAGAGAUCCUCAUGGAAAUGUUCAGGUUGCCAAAAUAGAGACAGAGAAGAUGCUUAUUCAAAUGGUUGAAACUGAAUUGGAGAAAAGGAAUCAAGCAGGUGCAUACAAAGGUGGAUUCCAAGGACAGUCUCACUUUUUCGGGUGUGAAGAAAGAUGUGGUCUGCCAACUAAUUUUGAUUCUACCUAUUGUUAUGCAUUGGGUUAUGGUGCAGGAGCUCUCCUUCACAGUGGGAAAACUGGAUUGAUAUCAUCGGUGGGGAAUUUGGCUGCUCCAGUUGAAGAAUGGACCGGUAGUGGGACAGCUUUAACUGCACUAAUGGAUGUGGAGAGAAUACAUGGAAAGUUUAAGCCUGUGAUCAAGAAGGCCAUGGUGGAGCUUCAAGGCCAUGGCGAAAUUAAAUUCUCUCUCUUACUGGAUCUCUCCCGUUCAAAUUGGUACCAUGUUAAGGAACAAAUUGGUACCAUGACUGAGAAAAUUGGCAAUUCUGACAAGGUUACAUCAAAGGUUUCUGAAGCUUGUAGUAGUAGUAGUACAGAGUCAAAGGUUUCUAAAGCUAGUACUAGUAGUAAUAGUAGUACAAAGUCAAAGGUUUCUAUAACCAGUGGUAUUAAUACAGAGACAGUGGUUUCUGAGCCCAGCAGAGAGUCAAAGGUUCCAGUACAGGAAACAAAGAAAAAAGAUGCUUGUUGCAUUCAGUGA